CGAUCGGUCAGUUCCAUAUAAAAGCUUGAGCAAUGUGGACAGAGACACACAUCGCAGAUUUAGAACCAACCAUUAUAGUAACUUAAAGUGAACUUCGCAGCAACAGCAGUCAAGAAUGGAUGACGAGUGUAGAAUGAUGAUGUAUUUCCAUUUUCGCUACUGCGAAAGGGUGGUCCUCUUUGAAGGAUGGGAGAUCAGAGAUGUUGGAACCCUCAUUGGAUCUAUGAUUGCGUUCAUUGUGAUGGCCUUCUUGCAUGAAUGUAUUCGAUUUUACAGGGAGCAUCUAUACUCAAAAUGCAAAAUGCCACAAUGCAAACCAGAGGAUCCAGACACCAAAUAUGGUACAUCCCAGCAGCCACUCCAUUCCGCUGAGCAAUCUGCAGAGAAAGAGAGACACGCAAUACUUAGCAAGAUUCACUUUCUGCAAACUGGACUUCAUGCAUUGCAGUUAACCCUUAGUUACCUACUGAUGUUAGUAGUCAUGACCUACAACUUCUACCUUGGCAUAUCUGUUUUGAUCGGAGCUGUGAUAGGAUACUACGCUUUUGCAUGGAGACGAUCCAAGUUCAUUUCUGUCGCAGUUGAUGAUUGCUGCCAUUAGAUGGAAUGAGUAUUUGUUAUGAAAACAUCUUAAAUUUGAAAUGAGAUAAUUUGAUAUUGAAUGGAAAAAUCGUCAAGAGUAAAAAUAAUUCUGUGACACUAA